AUGACUCUGAAGGUGAGCGUGAAGUGGCAGAAGGAGGUGUUUGCAGGGGUGGAGGUCGACACACAGCAGCCGCCGCUGCUCUUCAAGGGGCAGCUCUAUGCGCUCACUGGGGUGCCGCCCGACAGGCAGAAGAUCAUGGUCAAGGGCGGCCUGCUGCAGGACGAUGCUGAUUGGUCCAAGCUGGGCAUCAAAGAAGGCCAGCGCCUGAUGAUGAUGGGCACGGCAGACGCUGCUCCAGUGGCGCCCGCCCAGGCGGUGGUGUUUGUGGAGGACCUGCCGGAGGAGGAGCAGGAGGCCGCUGCACAGAAGGAGUGGUCAGCAGGGUUGGAGAAUCUGGGCAACACGUGCUACAUGAACGCCACGCUGCAGUGCCUCCACUCCGUGCCGCCCCUGCGCUCCGCGCUCACGCAGUACGCCCCAUCAAGUGGCAUAGAGGCGGACAGCUCUCACCGCCUGGCGCUGGCAGCGAGGGACCUCUUUGGGGAGCUGGAGAAGUCACGCCGCCCGGUCACUCCACUUCGCUUCCUUAUGCUGCUGCGGCAGAGAUUCCCGCAGUUCGCCCAGCAGGGGGAGCAUGGCGCGUACAUGCAGCAGGAUGCGGAGGAGUGUUGGACGCAGCUACUCUUCUCGCUCUCCCAGCGCCUCCGCAGCGUCAGGCAGCCCUCGCAAGCUGAGGUGGACAACAUAUUCGGGAUUGAACUAGUCAGCAAGGUUCGGUGUGCGGAGGGAGGGGAGGCCGCGGAGGGCAAUGGGGAGGAGAGCGAGGAGAAGGAAACGGCGUUCAUGCUCAAAUGCCACAUCAGCAGCGACGUUAACUUGUUGCAUGAAGGCAUCAAGAGGGGCUUAAGGACGGAGCUGGAGAAGGCAUCGGCAUCGCUUGGCCGCUCCGCUGUCUUCACAAAGGAGUCUCUCAUCGCCCGCCUUCCCCACUACCUCACGGUGCAGUUCGUGCGUUUCUUCUGGAAGCGCGAGUCACAGCAGAAGGCCAAGAUCCUCCGAAGGGUGACCUACCCCCUCGUGUUGGACGUAUAUGACUUCUGCACGCCUGAGCUCAGAGCCAAGCUGGAUGGGCCCAGGAAACGCCUGCGCCUGGCGGAUGACAUCAAGGCGGGAUUGGUUGAGGGCAAGGGCAAGGGCAAGGAGGGGGAGGCGGACGCGGGGAGGAAGGGGGAGGGGACGGGGGAGAAGGAGGGGGAGAAGAUGGAGGUGGAAGGGGGCAUUGCGGCUAAGGGGCUGGGAGGGGCAGCGGAGGGGAGUGGGAGUGCGGAGGGGAAGACAGGGGGUGCGGCAGAGGGAGCAGAGACGAAGGGUGGGGCGGGGGAGGCAGGAGAGGGGAAGGAGGAGGGAGGGGGAGGCGCAGCCAUGGAUGUGGAUGGGACUGCGACUGCACAGUUCCAUUCAUCCAUGCUGCUUCCUACCUGCUCCGCUCCUACCCGGUCCACACAGCCACCGGGCUGUUCAGCUGUGCGGUCACACAAGGCCAGCAACGUGCACUGCGGGGCCUAUGUGACCCUCCCAUCCCACUCACCGCUCUCCUUCCCCCUCCCCGCCUCCUUCCCAACCCCGCCCCCCUCCUGCCCCACCCGUCCAGCCACGGGGCUGUUUGACCUGACGGCAGUGCUGACGCACAAGGGCAGGAGCGCGGACUCAGGGCAUUAUGUGGCAUGGGUGAAGCAGGAGAGCGGCAAGUGCAUAGAGUCUGACAGCGAGCAGCCCAUCAUGCCUCCCACCCUCAGGGUCAAACCCCCUCGCCUCACCCCCUUCCCCAACCCCCCGCCUUCCCCAACCUCCCUUUCCUUUGCAGGCAAGUGGAUAGAGUUCGAUGACGAGCAGCCCAUCAUGCGCAACGAGGAGGAGAUCGUCAACCUUGCAGGGGGAGGUGAGCUGUGUGCCUGCCACAUGCCUUGUUGUCACGUGUGUGUUUGUGUCACGCACGAUAUAGUCACCACCAAAUUUAUGCGCAACGAGGAGAUCGUCAACCUCGCAGGGGGAGGCGACUGGCACAUGGCCUACAUUCUGCUCUACAAGGCGCCCUUUGACUAG